UCUUUAAUAGCAGAAGAGUUUAAGGUGCGUGUUGAAAGCGCUGUGCGGUCGUGGGGCAGGAGGAAGCAGCAGAUCGGUGCUCUCCAAAACACUUUAGCGACAAUGGGAAAGAUCGAGUGGGCCAUGUGGGCUAAUGAACAAGCACUGGCGGCUGGACUCAUUUACCUAACCGGUGGCAUCGUAGGAGUGGCAGGUCAGUUCAGAGACUGGCAGUUUGCUGCUUUCGGGAUAGCUGCAGGUGUGUUUGUGUGUUUGCUGGAGUAUCCGAGGAGCAAAAGAGCCAAAGGAACCAGUAUGGCGAGAACCGGUCAGUAUUGCUUCACUGUGUGUGUGAAGGCAUUCGGGCCCCUGACUAGAAAUUACUACGUUCGAGCGAUACUUCUUGCGGCGCUCAGUGUUCCUGGAGGUUUCAUGCUCGCUACAGUUUUGGGCUGUGUGUGUCUGGGAAUAGCCAGCCUUAUCUACCUGUCUGCUGCCAUUCAUGGUGAGCACUGGGAACCCAUUUUGCCGAUAGAAGAACCCAGCAAACGCGUCCCUCCUAGCAUCAAACAGCCUCCUCAGAACCCGCCACCACGCCCUCCUCCUGAAGUGCGCAGGAAGAGAGUAGACGAUCUCGAGGCUGCGUCUUACGUCAAUCCCGCAGCUGUGACUGCAGACGAACAAUGAAUGAUCAAAUCCCUACCCUGUACAGAUUCUUGUUCAGCUGCCAUACCAAGAGAGGACUGUACACACACACACACACACACACACACACACCUGACUACUGAAUGAUUUUGUCUAGAUAAAUGACAUUUUGAGCUCUAUAAGGUUUUGACGCCGUAAUGUCGUGUUACUGUAUAUUUUUAUUACAGUGUUUAUAAGACACUUCAUAAGAAGGCGUUCUGACACUGAUUACUCUGCUUCUGUUGCACUAUGGAGAUGAUUUAUCAUAUAGCUUUGUACAAUUGAGGGCGAAAGUUUGCACGCCCCUACCUUACAUCGAAAUCAUGAAGCCAGCAAGAUGUUUAAUGCAAGGAUUUUACUUCAGAGUUUGAUCUGGUUGAACAUUUAAAUGAGGCAAAUUGAAAUACAUUAUCUUAGGUUUGUGAAAACGGGGUGCAUAUUUUUAAGAUUUCUAAUUGAGAUGAUAUGAAGAUGUGAGAUUUUCUUCAAUCUGCUGCAAAUCCAGAAACCUAGGAAGUACACAUUUCUGCACUCAAUUGUACACUGUAUAUCUAAGUAUUACUUUUCAUGGGAAAAUGCCAGUAUGCAUGUCAUCCCAGACGAUUUUUCUGCUCAAACACACCAGAUUGAUUGGUGUAUGAGGAGGAAAAAUAACCGAAAGGCCUGGAACUCAAGACCUUUUUCAGCAAACAAAACAAAAUGAAGGCAAAUCGUACUGUUGGUUAAUAAUCUGAUAUGUAAAUGCCAAUUGCUUAUAUGUAAUCAAUCUGUCAGUGUAUUUAUAUUAUCACAAAGUAUUUUAUAUUUGAAUAUCUAUGCUGUUCAGAGAACAAUAUAUAUAUACAACUGUAGAACGAACUAUGUAACUCUUUUUUUAAGUUGUAAUAAAUAUUUUUAUGCUUAUAAUA